AUGGAAAACACCACGUCAGCUUCUAAUGCAAAUAAUAAUGAUGAAGAGGAGUUAAGAGUGCUCGAGUUUUAUAGUGGAAUUGGUGGUAUGCAUUAUGGGUUAAAGGAAUCAGGAGUAAAAUUUGAGGUUGUUCAAUCAUUCGAUAUUAAUACAAAUGCAAUUUUAAACUAUAAAUAG